AUGUGGUUGAACGAUUCAGAUGAUCAGUUGACCUUCCGCAACUCUCGUUUAUAUUAUAAAUCGUCUUCUAUGAACUGGGAGAUUGAUGAAAGAUUAAUCUUGCAAAGUGAAGUACAAAUAAGUAAUGGCAGUGCUUCUUUGGAGAUCGUUUACGUCAUUGAGAAAUAUCCGAAACUAGCAGUAGGAAAGAUCCGACUUCCAGAAACCGAAGAAAAGUGUCUCGAAAUUCAAAAGGCUAUUGAAUCAUCUACUAGAGGAAAGAAACCCAAGCGUUUGUUGGUUUUUAUAAACCCGAGAAGUGGAAAGAGGGAAGCUGAGAAAAUCUACAAGAAAAAAGUACUGCCUAUUUUUCAGUUGUGUAAAGUUGAAAUAAACAAAUAUGUGACAAACAGAGCCAACGAAGUCAGGGACUGUUUAUUGAGAGAAAAUUUGGAUUUAUACGAUGGGGUGGUAGCCGUGGGUGGAGAUGGAAUUUACAAUGAGGUUUUAUCUGGAUUAGUGAAUGGACAAAUGCGAGAUAUUGGUCUUAACCCAGAUGAUCCCGAAUCAAAACUACCACAACUAAAGCUUCCAGUAGGAAUUAUUCCAGCAGGAUCAGGAAAUUAUACAGCUUGGUACUUAAAUGGAACAAAAUGUCCUAAGACGGCUGCGAUAAGAAUCGUGAUGGGUGACUGUGUUGCUACCAACAUUGCAAGCCUUCAUCAAGGCAACAAAUGCUCUGGCUACUCGAGUCUCAUUCUUGGUUUUGGUUUGUUUGGAGACGUUAUGAGGGAUUGUGAAAAAUACAGAUGGAUGGGAACAAGCCGAUUCAAAGUGAUCCCUGUUGGUACUGUGUUGGGUAGACGACCAGUGAAAGUAGCCAUAUCAUACAUUCCCGCCGAAUCUGACAAUAACAUGGAGAUUAAUAACAACACAGCUUCUCUUAAACCAGAAUUCCAUCGCCAGUCAUCCGUACCUCCACCUAGUUCUAAAAAGGUUCUAGAGUCUUUCAAGAAGAGAACAUUUUCUACCUCUGACAUUCUUGAGGCACCUUCAGAAUGGAAAACCACAGAAGAUAGGGUUGUGUACGCAGUCGAUACAUAUCCAAUUACUAUGAAACCGAAAGGAACAAAGAUGGUGCCUCAUUUUGGAGACGAUUCUUUGAAAUUACUAAUUACGCGAAAAUGUAAACUCAUUGACCACAUUCGACAACUGAAAGAAGUGGACGACGGGAAAUCAACUUGUUAUGAAUUUGAUUUCGUUAGAGCAAUAGAAGUACAACGUUACAGAGUACGGGUUUUGAAGAAUGCGUCAGAGGAUUUCUAUGUUAAUUGUGACGGAGAAGUCAUUCGCCUUGAGGAACCAGAGUUUGAAGUCAGCUUGCACAAGAAAGUUGUACAGCUUUAUGGAAAAAGCAGAGAAGAAUUAACAUAGAUACUUGAGAUAUU